UCGGAGUAGAACUACUCUCUCAUUAAUGGUCCAAACCAAACACAACAUUCUAGUCUUCAACUCGUUCACACUUUUAUAGUAUUUUCCCCAUUUAAUGCAUAAAUUGAUCUUCUUCUAUUUAAAACCGGAUUUUAUGAUCCCCAACUUUUGUGGAGAAACCUAUUAGAAGAAGCAUAAAAACAUUGGUUAACUAUAUUUUUGGUCGACCAAUGAUGGCUUCUUCUUCCAUCAGUAGCAAAUCCUUUUGUUCCCUAUCAACUUGUUUGUUUUUCUUCAUCGCACUAAUCGCUUUUGUAGAAGGGCAGUCGGUUCCGGCGGUUUACGUGCUCGGCGACUCACUUGUGGAUGUCGGCAACAACAAUUACAUAGAUGGUUCUCUUCUCAAAGCUAAUUAUCCUUACAACGGCAUUGAUUACCCCGGCGGCAAAUCAACCGGCCGGUUUUGCAAUGGCAAAAACGCCGCAGAUAUUUUAGGUACGUACAUUUUUUUUUGAUGUAAUAUGGGAUAUGACUUGAAAGAAUCUUUGUGAAUUUUGAGUUUGUCCCGGUUCAAACAAAGGUUUAUUAUCAGAUGGAAACUUACGUUCUUCUUAUUUAUCAAAUCAGUACCUUUUGACGUUGAGCAUAAAUAAAAAUAAAGUAAAAUGAUUGGGUUUUCUGAAUAACAUGUAUUCCGAUCAAUCACGUUUUUUUUUUCUAGAGUUUAAGUUGGGUUAGUUUUGGAUAGAGUAAGAAAUGAUGAUCGACGUCUACGUAAAUUUCUGGAUGCUCAAAUAUGUUCUUACCUCCUUAUAUCCCUUGUAGCCAGCUUUUGCAUUAUCUAUUAUGGCUAAUUGAGCCAAUGAAUGCAAAAUAUCUGAUAAGUGAUCAAUAUAGAGUAAAAUUGAUGAAAACUACGGGCCGGAAGAAGAUAUUAUUAUGGCUAAACUGCAAAAAAUGUGGCUUACAUUUUUGACAGGGGAAAAAGUGGGGUUACCGACAUCACCUCCAUAUUUGUCCAACACGAGCAGUCUUUUCCUGAAAGGCACAAGCUUUGCCUCUGGAGGUUCGGGACUCUUCAACAGCACCGGACAAGGCUUCCUUUUCAAGACUCUGUCUUUACCAAAACAAGUGGAUUACUUCACCACAUUGCAAGCUCGAUUGGUGCAACACUUGGGAGCUGCCGGAGCCGAGCAACACUUAUCAAAAUCACUCUUUGUGGUGGUGAUCGGAAGCAACGACGUUUUUGCUUACUUCGAUAAUAAUAACAAGAAUAAGCUUAAAAAUGUCACUCCCGAUCAGUACGUCGACGAAAUGAUUGCCAUCCUCCAAGGCCUCAUGAAGCAAUUACAUAGUUUGGGAGCUCGCAAGUUCGUGAUGGUUGGGCUAGGAAGUCUUGGGUGUACUCCGGCACAGAGAUUUAAGAGUAAUACUGAAGACUGUAAUUCCGACAUGAAUAAUAUGGCGAUUAAGUACAACAACAAACUUACGGCAAUGAUGGCUGGAUUACAGUCCAAUUUCAACGACAUCAACUACACUUAUUUUGACACUUACCCGGUCCUCUAUGACAUCAUUCAGAACCCCACAAAAUAUGGUUUCAAGGAGGCAAAAGCCGCUUGCUGUGGAUUAGGCAAAUUGAACGCGGGGGUAUUUUGCACUCCCCUGGCAAUAUUCUGCCCAAACAGAAAGGAUCACAUAUUCUGGGAUAAAGUGCAUCCCACUCAAGAAACUGACACCAUUUUAGUUAACGUCAUUUACAGCGGUUCACCACCCUACGUUACUCCCAUGAACGCCCAGCAGCUCAUUGCUCUAUAGAAAAAAAAAUGAAAAAUUAAAUUCUAGUCUUAGUUUUCCUUUUUCUCCCUCAUUUCUUUUAGUACUUCUUUUUGUCCCUUAUACAAAUGUUGUCACAAAUGUGACACCCCUGAAGUUAUCGUGUUUCUUAUAUGGUCAAUACAAAAAUCGGAGCGAAAUUUCUGAAUUUAUAAUAUUCACGAGUUCAUCAAUUUUACUGUUUUAAAUAUCUAUUAUAUUACUUUAACAAAAUUACAUAACUUCAUAGAAUUGUAUAUUCUAAUCGUAAUUUUAACAUAUAAAAACAAUAUCAUUUUACUGAUGAAUGAAACUCCGUGAUGAGGAAUCUCCUCUCGCGAGCACGACGGUGAUAGCCGCAGCA